GACAAGUCGCUGCUUGACACGGGCUUUGCAGCAGCAGGACGAAUAACGGCUGAGUUAGAGGAAGUUAUUGAGAGCCGGGGACAGUUGUACUAUGUGAUCCUUAAAGAGUUAAACAAAGCAUUACACUAAGGGAUAGGUAGACAAGAAGGCUGAGCAUUCAUGGAUAUUGUGGACACCUUUAACCACUUGAUUCCCAGUGACCAGUUGGACGAUUCCCUGCUAGUAGGUCAGAAUUUGGAAUGUGAAGCCAGUGGUGAUUUUGGGCAAGGCCUCCAGCUGGAAGAUUCACUGAAGAACAUGCUCAGUGACAAAGAUCCCAUGUUUGGAUCUGCAAGCUCCCAGUUCAAUCUCUUGGACAACGACGACCCCAGUUUUCAGAUUGCCGGUUCAACAGCAGGUCUUGACGUUGCUUCAGCGUCCAGUGGCCUCAGUGGUACUGCUGGUGAACUGACAGGUCAAGAGACUCCACAAGUUAAGCGACCUGUUGGCAGACCGAAGAGACAUCCACGCACUGUAGAACAUAGAGAAAGUGGUGGCCAGGGACCUGAUACCACGUCUACCAGCACAAAGUCCCGAGGAAGACCAGUAAGGAGACCAGUCAGUAGGCAACAAAGGUCUUUUCUGAUUGAGAAAGGAGUUGCAGGCCCCCAGCUGAAGAAAGAGUUAACCUCGGGAGGGCGUAUUAAUAUUCAUGACCUUGAGGCUGGGUUAUGGCUAAACCCUGUUGUUGUAUUAAGGCGGCUGACAGUCACAGUUGGAGGAUUCAGGAUUGAGCUUCUUCCAGGGCCUUCUUACACAGAAAAUCCAGAUACAGGGCAGUCAAUAUGCUUUGAACCUGGUUUUUCGUAUGGCGGGGACAUUGAAUAUGGCAUGUUGCAGGAUGCUGGGGUUAGUGUACAGAAUCCCAUGCCAGAGAAUGUGAGAGACUUGGGUGUAGCUGAGAAGUCCUGUGCUGAAGAUGCACCCCUUGGGCUGGGCCCGUAUGUGAAUCCAAAUGAUGUUCAAGCGGCCAACGGGACACUGGGAAGCCCCUGUUCGGCAGAGACCAAACUUGACAAUCAGAGCGUUUCUGGAAAGCCUGUUAGUAAAGGAAAAGAUGGCGACAAAGAGCCACAGAACUUUGAAAACAACAAGACUACUUCAAGUGAUAUUACGGAUAGUAAGGAAAAGAAACAGAUUAUGGCCAAAAAAGUGCUCAAGUCUAAACAAGGACUCACCUCUGUCAAGAAUAAGGAUGCGGUACCAGAGAGACCAAGUAGCACAGUUAAAGGAACUAAAGUCUCCCAAAACAUUUCUUCAAAAUGCAUCCAAAGAGGAGACAUGCAGAACAUGAAAUCUCUAAAAGAAAAGAAAGGCAUUACGCCUUUGAAAAGGCAUGUGGAAAGUGCCCAAACAGAGCGUGCCACUAAAGUGCUAAAGACACAGGACGCAGGACCCCAAUCGGUGAAGCCAAAAUCGCCAGGUACUUCCAUUGCCGUAGUCAAGAAGACAUUAUCAUCUGACAGCCGCCCCAGUGAGCAGCAGGGACCAACCAAACACACUCAUUCACAUGUUAGUCCCAAACCUGAGAGUGCUCACCUCACACACGGUCCAGGCCACUCUUCAAAGACACCCGAGGAGGGAGGGCAGGAGAAGCCCAAAGUCAAAAAGCCCGAAAAGAUCCUUCAGAGGCAGAAAAGUAAAAAUGCAAGAAGUGUCUCUGUGGACGAGCCGCAGCUGUUUGUCCCAGAUAACGCUCCUGUUGUGAAAAAAGAAACUGCUGAGGAGCAACCUGCAAACACAGAGACUGUAUGGGAUGGAAACAAUAGUUGUGGUCUUUGCAAGAAACACCAUAACAACACGUUCAUGGUUGGCUGUGGUCGCUGUGACGACUGGUUCCAUGGCGACUGUGUUGGUCUGGACUUGACAAAAGUGCGUGAAAUGGAGGAGGAGGACCAGAUGUAUGUUUGCCUAAAGUGUUGCGCUGAGGAAAGCACAAAAGUGGAGCCCGAUGGCCUAGGUGCAGCCAAGCCAGAAGGACAAGCCAAGCAUGAGGUACAGGAUAAUAAGCUGCCUGUGAAGCCGAGGCAGGGACCCUCACAGCCUCUCACAUCAGGGGGGGUCAGGCCAGCAAGAAAGGAUUCAGACAGAAGGCAGUCAACAGAAGGCAAAGAUGCAGCACAAAAAACAGGACUAAAUCCAAAACAGGAGUCAAAAAAUAAGAGUUCGUCUUCAGCUGUAAAGAAGCCUGUGUCUGUGGAAGAAAUCAGGAGGAGUGUGCGUGAUUCUUUGAAGGAAAUCCUUCUGCAGCGGCUCAAAGAAUCUGACUUGAAGGUCACAUUGGAGAAGGCCUCUGAAGUUGCCAAGAAGACAGAGAGAGAGCUUUUUCACUUAUAUAAAGACACUGACAACAAAUACAAGAACAAGUACAGAAGCCUAAUGUUCAACCUCAAAGAUACUAAAAAUAAUGUAUUAUUUAAGAGGGUUCUUAAAGGGGAAAUUUCUCCGAGUAAUUUGAUUCGAAUGAAUCCUGAGGAAUUGGCCUCAAAAGAACUGGCUGCCUGGCGACAAAGGGAGAAUCGACAUACUAUUGAAAUGAUUGAAAAAGAGCAGAGAGAGGCAGAGAGGCGACCCAUCACUAAGAUCACCCAUAAAGGUGAAAUUGAAAUCGAGAGUCAAGAACCAGUGAAAGCACCUGAGACCAUGGAGUUGGAGGUUGAGCCUCCUCCCAAAGUGCCAGAAGACACAGCAGACCUGCCCCUAGAGAAGAAAUCUGAAAGCACCAAGACAGAUAAAGAUACUACCAGCCAACACAGGUCUCACUUGUUUGACCUACAUUGCAAGAUCUGCACAGGUCGUAUGGCUCCGCCGGUGGAAGAAGCACCAACCAAAGUGGUGAAAGUUGCUACUACAGUGGUGAGGAGGCAGUCAACCAAAGUGGAAGAGACUAAGAGCGCACCUUCACCUGUGAAGGAAGAUGACCUCCACCUCACUGUUUUAGAGGAGAGCUUCCUUAAUGCCAAAUCUGCAAGCAGCGAAGGAAGGUUGGAGUAUACAAGUGGAAGAGAUGAUGAAGCCGCUUUCCUUGCUAACCUCAAGUCGUUGUGGAGAGGGUUCAUUAAUAUGCCUGCUGUGGCAAAGCUUGUCACAAAAGCAUUUCCGGUCUCAGGCAUUUUGGACAAUGUGACUGAGGAUCUUCCAGACAGCAUCCAGGUUGGUGGUAGGAUUAGUCCACAGACUGUGUGGGACUACUUGGAGAAGAUUCGUGCAACUGGAACAAAAGAGGUGUGCCUGAUUCGCUUCUCCCCUGAGACAGAGGAAGAUGAGAUCUCCUACACUCUUCUGUAUGCCUACUUCAGCAGUCGUAGGCGCUUUGGGGUGGUUUCCAACAACCUGAAACAAGUGAAGGACAUGUAUCUCAUCCCCCUGGGAGCUACAGAAAAAGUUCCACAUCAGCUUGUUCCUUUCGAUGGCCCAGGUUUGGAAAACAACCGUUCCAAUCUUCUUCUUGGACUAAUCAUCCGCCAGAGACCAAAAAGAGAUUUUCUUCCUGUGGACAUGAAUGAAACUGCGAGGAUUAUCCCUGAGAGCAAGCCCGUCACUGUUGCUGCAAGUGAUACCCGUGUCACAGAGGAAGACGAGAAGUUCUACUUUUCCUCCCUGCCUGCUGCACAUACAAAAGAGACAGACAAACCACUUAACACUGUGGAAGAUGCUGAUGUUACACAGUCUUUUGAGGAAGCAUCUGCAUCAGAAGACAUCAAUAACCAGGAACCCAAAAAACCACUGCGCUUUCUUCCAGGUGUGUUAGUUGGCUGGGGUGGAGAAUUACCUCCUUUGCCAGAUGUUGGAGGGAAGCCCACAACAAAAGCUGAUAACCCUCAAAAGACCCAGCAGGCUACAAAGGAAGAUGCAGCAAGCUCAGGAAAUUCCACCAAAAGUCCGACAGCUGCCACACCGCGAGAACGCUUUGUUAUCAAGAAGAAAGAAUCUAAAACUGUUAAAACUGAACCAGAGGUAUCCAGCCAGACUGAUACAUCUGUUCCUAACAACUUGUUGGGAAAGGACGGUGCAAUGGUGACCCAUAGUGCCUCAGUCUCUCUGAAAGAUAAGCCUCCAGAUGUAUCAACAGAAGCAUUCUUGGCAAGCUUGUCAACAGCUCCAAGUGGGAAUGAAGCUAGCAGCGCUGUCUCUGCAAAUAAAGGAGAUGUUAGCCUUUUGUCUGAAACGGAAAAAGGAAAGCCUGAAGGGAAUUCAUCCUUGCACUCAAAAUCCCAGGCUACUUCAGAUAAUGCAAACAGCUCAAAACCUCCUCUAAGUGGAAUAUUGAAAAAAAGUUCUGCAUAUUCCAGUGUGGCUGAAGGUAAGAAAAUGGAGGAGGCACAAAAAGGUAAAACCAGCCAGCCAUCUCCUUUGAGUCCCCAGCCUGUUCCUGUGUUGAGCAGCACAAGAAAUGAUCCUGUUCCGCUGUCUCAGCAUGGAUAUUCACAUCCUUCUCAGGAAGAUCACAAACCUGGGGAUGAAAUCCAACCCAACAUUAGGUCAUCCCAUAGUGAAAGAGAAGAUCCCAGCAUGCCCCAGGAUGGUCCCAUGGCAACUUCGACCGUAUAUACUCCUUCAGGUCAAGGACCACAAGCACCGUCUUAUGUACCCCUUCACACUGAGGCAUCUGAGUUCCAGCAUGACUCAGUAAUGGCGCCGGCUGUCCCACCGUUCAGCAACGCUGCAUCUUUCCCACUGGAGCAGCAGCUGCCUCAGGUACCUGGUAGCUACGAUUACCCAGCUGCCCCACCUCCCAGCACAUUUCCACCCCAGGAGCAGAAUCACAUUGCUCCAUGGACUCAGGAUAGUGCCAUGGUGUUGUGUGCUCCUCCUGGACUUCAGUCACAGUACCCUGACAGCUACUCUGAAUCAUCUGGCCAACCUGCGCCCUUGGCCAAAGACUACAAACGUCCAGAGGAUCGAUACAGUGAUCCCUGGGAGAGGCCACGGCACACAGAGGACAGCGACCACUACAGGCGGCACAGCCACCACAGUGACACUCACCACGGGAAAAAGAGCAGACACCAUGACCGGGAGCGGGGGAAAAAGCACGAACGCAGCCAUGAGGACAAGUACAGAGAAAGGAGUAGACACCAUGGACACUCAGAGGACCGCCAUGGUGAGAGGCGGAAAGAGAGGCACCACAGUGACGACUACAGCAGACGUCACAAAGACAAACACAGACAUAGACGGGACUCUGAUCAUGAGAAUGGACGACGAAGUUCAAGAGACAGUUACUCAUGAUUUCUUUUCUUUUUUUAUUUAAAAAAAAAAAAACAAAAACAAAAAAACACCGGUCUGCAGCUGUUACUGUGCCAUUUCCUGCAUACAUGUUCCCUUUUAAUGCUAUUUGCAGUACAGCCAAACACAAUGAUAUCCAUAUGUCUUUGUUCUUCAAACCAAUAAGAAUUCAAUGUUGGAACCAGAUUUUCUAUUUCAAAUUUUUAACCUUUUUAAUUUUAUUGUAUAUAUGUUUGUAUGUUGCAUAUUGAGCCACUGAACUCAACAUAAAUGCUUUGUUUCUCAUGCAGUUAUAAUGGUUUAAAUUUUAUGAUAACACAGCACAAGCGUGGACUAAAAGGGGAACAGUUCUUAGUUGACCUUAGUUAUCUGGCAUGAAUGUAACAGCUGAAAACAAUUAACAGAAAAGAAAUAUUAACAGCAGCUUCUCUCUCUUUUUUUUUAAAAGUUUGCUUAUGUUUUUAAGAUCACUUCAAUAUUUUAUAAAGUUACUUUAUUGAAAACAUCUGUACAUUUUGGCUUGUCAUGUACAUUAGAAGAAUCAAGUGUGCCUUUGCACUGUGUUUAUGUAGAGUUCGUAAUAAAGCUAAUCUUUUUUAUUGUUGAUUAUGAUUACAUAUGUUCUAUUGGAAAAAAUAUUCUCAAAAUUAAAUCUUAACAAAUAUAAUUAA